CAUGCCGAUGAGGCAAUUUUCGCCGCAGCUUCACCAUCACUUCUCUAACCGAGCAACGCACCAUCAAUUCGUCUCUCAGUUGCCUCCUCCGCCGUCGCUGUCUACUGUCCUUCUAUUCACUUCUUACUCCACUGCGUCGUCUCUGCCUCGCCGUAGAUUCAACCUCCGGAAACGCCAUCCUCCACCGGCGGAAGCUCUCGUUCCGACGGUUAUUGUAGAAGAAGCUGGCGGCGAUGACGAUAUCGGUGAGUCCGACGCGAAGAAGAGCCGUAACCUGCGGAAGCGCGAAGCUCGCCGUGCAGUCCGAUGGGGUAUGGAACUUGCUUCCUUCUCCAACGAUCAGAUCAAGCGGAUCCUGAGAGCUGCGUCGCUUGAAGAAGAUGUUUACGACGCAUUGAUGCUUGCGAAGAGACUAGGCCCAGAUGUUCGAGAAGGAAAGCGGAGACAGUUCAACUAUAUCGGGAAGUUGUUGCGUGAAGUGGAACCUGAUUUGAUGGAUACUUUGAUCCAUGCUACAAAGAACGGUGAUCAAAGAACGCUUCAGGCACUGGUUAGUUCAGCAAAAAAUAAUAUGGAUGAUGUUGGAGGUGAAAAUGAUGAUGUAGAAACAGACUCUGAAGAUGAAGUAGAGUGGUCAGACGAAUACAUCAGCGUGGCUGCUAGAUGGUUUGAUGGCCUGAUUAGCCAGAAUGUGAAAGUUACAAACGAAGUUUAUUUGCUUCAGAGUGUUGAUUUUGAUCGGCAGGAAUUACGCAAGCUUGUUCGGAAUCUGCGUUUGGCUCAAGAGCGACGUAAAUCUGUAACCGAGGAGACUGAGAAGAAAAUCAGUGCUGCUGUUGUGGCCGCCGAAAAGUCCCUUACCCGUUUCCUCUAUUCCCUGGCAAAACAAGUGCAGGGUGGACAGAGUGAUUCGUACUUGUAGAUAAUAAGUUGCAACUUUCAUUUGCUAUAUUUUCUGCAUGUCUGUUGCUCCAUUGCAUAAUUCUUCUGUAUUUGAUUUAGUACAAACAGCAAAUUACAUCAUUUUUCUUAGGAGGUCGUAAUGAUAUCUAGGUACGGUGAGAAUA